AUGAGUGGCCAACCGACAACGACAUUUGACAACUCCACUUCAUCAUCUUUUCUUUCCGUUCCUUCUACUACAACAACCUCUCCUCAAUCGCCUCCUACGCUGUAUCACAUCCAUAACUUUGAUUCUAAAUCAUCAUCAUCGAGUAACAAUAAUAAUUUUUCCAAUUCCGCAACUACAACAACUCAUCAUUUAAAUUCAAUUUCCAAUUCUACAACAACACAAACAACAACAACAUCAUCAUCAGAUUCGUGUUCUUCUCCACUACAACGAACGAAACCAUUCCUUGGAAAUAUUCGAGGAAGUUCGACGAGUACUCUUUCUGAAAAAUUAAAAUCGUCGAACAAGAUGGACAUGAGCGUAGAUUCGAGUGCAACCGAAGCGAUGGUGGAUGUUGUAGACGGAGAAGUUAUUGAUGAUGAUGAGGAGGAGGAAGAUGAGACCGUGUUGGUCAUUCGAAAUAACAGUCGUAAACUGUCAAGUGUCAAAUUGGACGAUGUAAUGCAGGAUGAAGAGGUGUAUGAAGAAGAGGAGGGUGAUGACGAAGAGGAUGAGGGAGACAUGUCUACGAGCCAAUCCAACUCGAGAAAAGAUUUGAGUGAAAUAAGUUCUUCAGUUUCUUCAUCUUCGAGUUUGUCUUCUAGGUUUCCAAAUAUGGCCAUGUUGGAUCUAAGUGCUCUCAAGAAACCAACAUUGACUUCGGUCAUGCAACAUUCUUUCAUGAUUACACCCAAGCGAAUUGGAUCCAAUUUGGUGAAUAGUUAUGACACUCAUCAUCACAACAAUACGUUACAAGUUCCAAACGCGAGUGUGUCUUCGAAUCUGUCACAUCAACAUGGUGAUCAUAGUGACACGGAUGAAGAAUUGGGAUUGUCCAAACUCAAUUUAACCAAACAACGGUUUGGAACCAUUUAUAACAAAUCAUCCUCUUCGAAUCAAAACAAUACAUCAUCAACCAAUAAGGAACAAAUUUACAUUCAUACAAGAAAUAUGAGUUUUUCGAAAGAAGUCGAUGGUCAAGUGUUUUCUGAUGAUGACGAUGAAGACGAUAGCUCGACACAGAAUUCAUCACAAAAUCGUUCACACAGAUUUCACCAUGAAAAGAGAGCUUCUGUGGUUCAACCCAUUGGUGACGACGAUGAAUUGGAUCUCACUUUAUCGAUUGGAAACAACUCUUUCACACGAAAGUCAACAACGAUCGUCGAUGAUGACGAAGAUAUGGACGAUGCAUUAACACUCCAAGUGAACACUCCUUUUAAAUCGAAAGAGAAAAAACUUUCCACACUCCAUUUACCAGCCACUAACUCAAAUACACGUGCCAUGACAGAUGACAAUUCUGAUUCACCAGCACUAUCCCUUGGAGGUUUAUCUAAACAAGGCAACCUCAAUCAUCCACAAGAAGAUAAUACUAAACUAUCUCCAAAUACGAAUAGCAAGCCAUCUGGAACUCCAACAAAGAGUCCACAUUCAGGAAAAUCCAUUUCAUUCAUGAUGCCUCCAACACUUAAAAGUGGCAAUAAUCCCUAUCAUUACAAUAAGCAUUGUGUGCCAGCAAGACCACCUGUUUAUUCAUUGGAACGUCAUGUAUUGAGUCAGGACGACGAGGAUUCUCGUGUUUCAUCACCUUUGGCCACCACUGAUCCAGAAUUGUUAAAAGAACAAUUAGAAUCACUUUUUGAAAAUCCAAAUUCGCACCAAUGUCCAAGACUCAUUCGAGAGUUUGAAGAAUUGGAAGAAAUUGACGUGGUGACAUGGCUUCACAAACGUCUCUAUUUUCGAACAGGUUUGAAAUACAUGGAUAUGAAUCGAUACAGCAAUGUGUUGCCCAAUGAUGAUACUCGAUUCAAAUUAUACAAGGGAAUUGGUCCCGUGUUGCAUGUGAAUUUCACAUCUUCAUCGAUGAAUUUACCUCUUUCCAAUUUUGCUCUUCUUUCGAGUCAAUCGCAAGGAGUCACACCUCAACAACAAAGUCCAAUUUCCAUUACGAGUAGUCACUCGACAACCACGAGUAGUAGCGGUAAUAAUACGAAUAACAGCAGUAACAACAACAAUCGAGUGGUUUCUCCGAAUGCAGAAAUUCUUUCGACAUGGGAAGAAGAUUACAUUAAUGCCAAUCUCAUCAAAGCAAGAAAAGAAUUUUUAUUUAAUUGGGAUGAAUUUUCAAUGGUUUCUUCUCCACUCAGUAUUACUUCUGCCUCCUCAACAACAACAUCAACUUCCAAUAAUUAUGGAACGACUCGAAAGGAACGAGAAGAACUUGCCGAACGUGUGAAUAUGGUCGAUUAUAUUUGUACACAAGGUCCUCUUCCUUACACUGCAGCACAUUUUUGGAAAAUGAUUUAUCAAAGUAAUUCUCAUGUGAUUUUAAUGAUUGGUCGAGAACAAGAAGAAACUGGUGUAAAAUGUGCCAUUUAUUAUCCAACACCAAAUAAUUCAGGUUCGAAUCAAAAUCCAUUCAUACUCUCGUCGACAUUGACCACUGCUUCCUCUCUGGAUGGCGUCUCUCCUCGAAAUAUGCUCUCCGUGACAGGAAUGAAAAACAACACAACCGAUUCAUUCCUGAUUGAUGUGACACCUCCCAAGAGUAUCACAACCAAUACUCAAAAAUGGAAACUCGAAGUAACCAUUCCUAAAAAUGAUGACAAUGAAGAAGCUGUGAAAUGGAUCAUUCCAAAAGAACUCAUGCAACGAGUCAUUAUUCUAAAAUUGAAGAGAUCGAAAGCAUCUUCUCAACCCUCUUCAGCCACGAGUGUUCCUCCAUCCUCAAAUGAUGAUCAUGAUGAAAUUUUAGAUCAACGAAAAGUUUAUUUAUUACAAUAUGUUGGAUGGGUCGAUCAAAGUGUUCCUACCCAAAUUCCAACAAUUAUGAAAGUCAUUGAUCACAUCAAUGAUAUUUUCGAAAAGAGAAAGAAUGAGCUCUUUUCAUUGAAAUCUGUAUUGUCGUCGUCUCAUCAACUUCCCUUCCAUACUGCUCAAUUGUUACAGGGAAGUGUUCUCGACAAUAUAGGACCACUUGUAGUUCAUUGUUCAGCUGGUAUUGGACGAACUGGAACGUUUUGUGCAGUGGAUUGCGCUCUCAAACAAUUUAAGGCACAUGUCUUGAAAUAUGUCAUGUUGAACAACAAAUCUCCAUUGCCACCUCCAACCACAAGUUCACAACAUGUUGUGAAAGGUUCUCUUCAAAAUACGACUACUACCGCUUCGUCACCUCAAUCAUUCCCAACCACAACAACACCUUGUGUGAAUAUUCCUGCAUUUCCAUUUAAUAUUUUUAAUAUUGUGAAAAAAUUGAAAGAACAUCGAGCUGGAAUGGUUCAAACAGAAAAUCAAUAUGAAUUUAUAUACAAGGUAGUGAUUAGGAGUUGUAAGGAAAUUUUGAAGAAGUGGAAUUGUCAUAUGGUGGAAAAAAAGUCCAACAAUCGUCAGCAAUAA